GCGCCUGCCCCGGGCGGCGGUGGGUCGAUAGUAGGUGCGGGCCAGCACCUGGGCGGGCCUUGCCCUGGGUACUUUGGCACCGGAACGGAGAGAAGCUGGCCCCGCCUUGAAGCUCCCAAGCUGGGGAUCGAAGUGGGCUCUCCAGGCUUCUACGCGGUCAAGGGGGAGAGCAAGACGGCCCUGGCCCUGGCCACGCGGUUUCCAAAUUCGAAGACAUCGCACCCGGCCAGGGCCGCCGCCGCCAGGGUGCCAGCCUGGCAAUUGAGGACAGGGAGCGUGCCCAGGCCCUAUUUUGGGGGGUCCCAGUCGAGGAAGGCUCUGGCUGCCUGGGAACCCCAUCUCGGUGGAGUGGGACAUUCAGUAGAUGUGCUGCAUGUCCAGCUGUGAAGAGCGGGUGAUCUGAGGUGUGGAGUACCUUUGGGUCCCCUGCAGGCCCCUGACCAGACCGCGGAGGCACCGAGGAGCCCGCCAGCUCUGACCCGCGCGCCGCGCCCCGCAAAAGGGGACGGACCCGCCAGCUCUGCCCCGACAGACGCAGCCCUGCCAAUGGCCCGGACGCUGACGGUCGCUGUCGCCCUCGGUUGCAUCAGCCUCCUCCACCUGCAGCUCCCAAGCGCGCGCUCCGGCAGCCUGCGCGGGGACCCUAGGCCCGUGCGAGCCAGGGACCCCCCGGCCCGGACCCCCAGUGGCCUGCAGCCUCGGCACCCUCACCCGCCCCCCCAGCCACCCGAGAGGGCCAGCCUGGCCUCUGCCAUGGGCCGACCCCUCCAGGCUGGUGGCCGACAGCACCCAGGCCUCCGGAGACACCCAGGCCUCCGGAGACCCCACGCCCAGCUCCUGCGGGUGGGCUGUGUGCUGGGAACCUGCCAGGUCCAAAACCUCAGCCACCGCCUGUGGCAGCUGGUAGGGCCAGCUGGCCGGCGCAACUCAGCUCCUGUGGACCCCAGCAGCCCCCACAGCUACGGCUGACUUGGGCCCUGGAUACCCUUCAGUCCCAGCACAGCUGGAGCAAGGCACCUGGAUCCCAGAGCUGUGGAGGAGCUCCCUACCUGGUCAGCCCCUAGAGCUGUGGGCAGCAGCUGGUCCUGCAGCAACUGUGCCCACACAGCUUUGGACACGUAAACCCAUGCACGCGUGCAGACCCAGCUGGUCACACGGGAUCUGCACACUGUGGGGCUGAGCAGCCCAGAACUAUUCACACGCUGGGGACAGGUUCUGGGCAGAGGUGGCUGACAGCAUUGGGCUGAGGGUAGGGGACUGCCUUGUCAGAGGGUAGGGGACUGCCUAAAUCAGGGAGCAGAAGUCAGGGUCCUGGACACAUAGGGCCCUUCUGAGCAAGUCGGAGGGGCUGAAGAGGCCCAGUGGGGCCUACUGUGGGCCUGGCUGGUGCUGCUCCCCAGUGUGGCUCACCUCCAUGUACAACCUCAGCUGGGCCCAGGGCCUCUCCCUGCCUAUGCCCUGAAACACAAUGACAAUGUUCCCCAGGACUGGAUUAGGGACAUGGUUGUGAAGGACUUCUGCAGUGCCCAUUGCCAAACCUGGAGCUCAGGCUGAAGGAGGUGGUGGAGACCCCUCUGGGUCCCCUGUGGGCAGCCAGGGAGGUGGCACAGGGGCUCCAGGCCACUUCUGAGCCAUUCUGGGCCAAGGCAGAGUGGACACUCCCCUUCCUACCUGGGGGUGGGGGAGGACGUGGGGAGGGGACAUGAUCCCCCACCAAAAACAAAAAGUAGAAAAGAAGGAUCUAAGGAAUACUGUGUCGCCUUGAGGAGGAUUGGGAGCAGCCAGAGAGGCCGGCGCUCCAUAGGCAACCCAUGUGGGCACCUGUGGGCCAUGAGUGGGGAUGACAGAGGCCAGGCAGGCUCACUUCUCUGCACCCUGCCAUGAGCCAGGCAUCCUUGAGUGUCAGCAAGGAGAAUCACAGGCAAGGAGCAGAGUUCUUGGUGCGUGCCUGUCCCCGAUGGGGCUUUUGCCUGUGUUGGUUACGUCACAGUCAUCCUUUGGUACUAGCUGGCAGAACCCAGGUUCAGAAGGGUUGUUUGUCUCUUAGCAGGUGUUCACACACCAUUUAAUUUGCAAGUGCUUGCCAGCAUCACUCUGUCAGCCGCCCGGGUGGAGACACCCCACUACCUCAGCCAUGUUGUGGUCAGGGAUGUGCCCUGGUCACUGCAAUGGCUACCUUCAGAGCCUGCACCCAGGGUCCCUGGCAGGCCAUCCCUUGGGUCCUGGAAGUGACCCUCUAGGUUCCUGUCCUGUGCUCUCAGGCAACUCAAGGGCCACUUGGUCCAGGUGACCCACCUUUCCUGCACUGGGCCCUGGGACUGAGUGGGCCUUACUGCACAGGGAGGCAGACCAGGCAUGAUAGUAUAAGGCGAUCCCUGUGCUGGCAGCACAGUGAGACAGAGAAGCAGGCUCUCGCUGAGUUUGGGGGAAGCAGGGCUCCCCAGGCAAGAAGCUGCUCUGGGGAUGGGGGCCCCAGCAGCUGAGUGGGGCUGGAGUCCUGUGAGAGGCCAGCAGCCCAGCCCUGGGUCUCAUGCCCUGUGGCCACUGAAGGAUGCUAUAGAGGCAGGUGGGCAGUGGUGACAGACCAUGGGGACCUGGGAGUGAAGGCAGAAAAGAGCCCAGGGCCCGGGGGGCAGGGGCAGGAGCUCAGUCCCGAGACACGACUCUCAUGCUCAGCCAAGGCUCCCUGUGCACUGGGCAGAGUCCAGCCUCACAUUCCACUCCUCAGCACAAAAUGUUCCCCCUUCUAGGAACACCUUCCACCUCUCACCCCCAUCCUGUGCCCUCCGGCCCAGACUCCAGGUUGGGCUGCAGGUCUUCAGAAUUCUACCCACGAAUGGUCUCAGCCGAAACCCCUGAGCCUUGGGGUCCUCCUGAAGUGGGAUGGCUGUGGCCCCCACUGUCUAUACCUGUCACCACCUACAGCCUUGCAUCUGGUGCAGUGCCAGGUCCCACACCACGCCUGAUAUUCUGGGAUGCCCCUCUCAGUUCAGAAGGCGCGGCCUCUACCUCCGCCGCACAAACUCCCGGCUCCACCCUCCCACUGCCCUUCUCACACUGAGGUAUAUCCUGUUGGCCUGUUCCCAGAACCCCUCCGGGCACUGGUGCCUUCUCUUGACUGGGCACCACCUGUUUUGGGGGCAAUAUCUGUAGCCUCCUGGAGCUCCUCACCCUCACCUCCACUCUCCCACAGACACAGACAGGAAAUACGUCACAGGUGCAUGUGACAGGCUGCAGCUUGCUGUCUUCAGUGGUAAGGGGUCUCCCCAACAUCUGUUCUCACACAGCUGCAUGAGGAAUCUGUUGUAUACAAGGUCAACUACAGGCUUCUUGCCCGGAGCUCUGACCCUCGUGAUCUACCCUGUCAGGCUCUCCACUCUGCCCUCUUCCUGUGGAAUGGUCGCUUGCCAGGCAGGCACAGCUGUCCGCUUGGUCCCUGCUGUGUUCUCAGGACCAGCUGACCAGGCAGCUCUGUUUGUUUUGGUACCGGGGAUCGAACUCAGGUCCUCGUGCUUGCACAACAGGCGGCCAAACCACUGAGCUAAAUCCCCGGCCCUACCAUGCAGCUCUGUUGCCUGAGUCCUGGUGAGGGGCACAUGGAGGACCUCGCCAGGAGCCCGGCAGUCUCCUCCCCAAACUUCAGAUGGGCCCCUGUCCUUGCUGGGCCUGCCUAGCCCUCGCCCAGGAUGAGCAAGAAUCUUCCCACCCUCUCUACCUGGCCACCUCCCUCCAUAGGAAUCCAGCAAGGGACUCCAGAACCCUCCUAGCCUUGGUACCACAGCAAUUGCUCACUGACUCUUACUCUGCUCAUUGGUUGUGAAUCCCCAGCUGUGCUAAUGCCGGUUGUAUCCAGUCAUCUCCCUGGGCCUAUUGCAACCCUUUUUUUUUUUUUGCAAUACUCUUGAAUAAAGUUUUCCUUGCCAUUUUAA